CCCCCUCCUAGCCUUGUCUAUAUGUACGACGGUCGCUUCUCGGUGCAAUUUCACGCAGAGAAGUCCUCGUUAGUUUAUAUCGCUUUCUAUUCUCAGGAGCAAAAUUGUGCAGAAGCAGCAGCCAAAACAUCCGAAGAGAGAAGCAAGACAGCAGACAUGGUGAACAACACAGCUGGGCAGGUCAUCACAUGCAAAGCCGCCGUGGCGUGGGGACCGGAACAGCCACUGGUCAUGGAGGAGAUCCUGGUGGAUCCACCGCAGAAGAUGGAGGUCCGGAUUAAGGUCCUCUUCACUUCGAUAUGCCACACGGAUCUCAGCGCUUGGAAAGGCGAGAACGAAUCUCAAAGGGCGUAUCCCCGGAUCUUCGGCCACGAGGCGUCCGGGAUCGUGGAGUGCGUCGGGGAGGGGGUGACGGACUUGAAGGAAGGAGACCACGUGAUCCCCAUCUUCAACGGGGAGUGCGGCGAGUGCGAGUACUGCAGGUGCGAGAGGACCAACAUGUGCCGGGACUACGGGGUGAACCCGAUGAAGAAGGCGAUGGUCGCCGACGGCAGGUGCAGGUUCCGGACCAAGGAGACGGGGGAGCCCAUCUUCCACUUCCUCAACACCUCCACCUUCAGCGAGUUCACGGUGGUCGAGUCCGCCUGUGCAGUCAAGGUCGACCCCUGCUUCCCUCUCGAGAAAAUGGCCAUGCUCAGCUGCGGCGUCUCCUCCGGUGUCGGAGCGGCAUGGAACACGGCCGACGUGAAGGCCGGGUCAACCGUCGCCAUCUUCGGCUUGGGCUCCGUGGGUCUUGCGGUUGCGGCCGGAGCACGUGCGCGAGGGGCAUCUAAGAUUAUAGGUGUUGACAUCAACCCUGCUAAAUUCGUCAAAGCCCAAGCGCUAGGUAUCACCGACUGCAUCAACCCCAAGGAGCUCGAGACGGCAUCCCAUGAGGAGAUCAAGAGGUUGACCGGAGGUGGCGGCGUUGACUACAGCUUCGAGUGCACCGGGGACUUGGCGGUCCUGCGCGAGGCCUUCCUCUCCGCCCAUCUCGGAUGGGGCUUGACCGUGCUGCUGGGAAUCCACCCGGGCCCGAAGAUGCUGCCGCUGCAUCCGAUGGAGCUCUUCAACGGGCAGCAGAUCACCGGCUCAGUCUUCGGUGGCUUCAAAGGGAAGACCCAUAUCCCCCGCUUCGCCGAGGACUGCAUGCGCGGGGCGGUGAACUUGGAGGAGUUCAUAUCGCACGAGCUCCCGUUCGAGAAGAUCAACGAAGCGUUCCAGCUGCUCCAGGGAGGGGAGUCCUUGAGAUGCCUCAUGCACCUCUGAUCUCGUCCUUCUCUCCUACUGCAUUCGUUGCAUCUCAACUUUGAGAAAAUGCGACAUGUAAUAAAAUCUAUCGAACCCUAGCACUUCGCGAUUUCGUUCAUGUUCCGACGGUCCACGACUGCAUGGAAAUAACAGUUACCGUACCUAC